CGGCAGAGGAUCAUUUCACUCACGGAUAAAUCCUUAAAUCCUUAAAUCCUUAAAUCCAGCGAUGGCGUGGACUUCCUGUAUCAUCUUGUUCCUGUCAGUGUGUGUGUGUGGGGGCCGGCGGCUGCCAGACUCCGAGCCUGCGAUGCACGGGGGGGUCCAGUCCCCCCUCUACCCCCAGCCGUACCCCCCCAACCUGCAGCAGCAGUGGGACCUCAGCGUGCCGGAGGGAUACCGCAUCACACUCACCUUCACACACCUGGACAUCGAGGCUACUGCAGGCUGCUUCUACGACUCCCUCUCAGUUUUCUACGAUAAAGAGGUCCUCGGGAAGUUUUGUGGCCAUGAGAACUCAGCUGAUGGACAUUACCCCGGCAACCAGCCCAUCUUGUCUCCAGGCAACAGACUCAGCCUCGUGUUCCAGAGCGACGACAACAACCCGGAGCGCCGCCAGAACGUUGGCUUCUCCGCUCAGUACCAGGCAAUAGACAUAGACGAGUGUUCUGAUCCAGAUCCUGAAGACGGCUCAGGUCCGCUCUGCUCUCAGAUCUGCCUCAACACCCUCGGCUCGUACCUCUGCUCCUGUCACCACGGAUACGAGCUCCGCUCAGACCAGCGCGGCUGUGUGUUAUCCUGCAGCGGCGGUAUAUUUGAUGAGCCAGAGGGACACCUGUUCAGUCCAGGAUAUCCUGACCCCUUGCCUCAUGCUCUGUCCUGUCAGUACUUUAUUUCUGUAGAAUCUGGCUUCACUGUCGCUCUCAACUUCAAUGACAACUUCCACAUCGAGAGCGUGGACACUGAGCAAGGAACAAUCUGUCCCCAUCACUGGUUGCAGGUGACCGUCCCAGACAGCGAGCCCUGGAAGCUGUGUGGAGGAAAGAGUCCAGGUCUGAUAGUCACAAGCUCCAACAGCGUCCGGCUGGACUUCCACACUGACGGGCAAGGCCUGAGCAGAGGCUGGAGCCUGGACUACAGCACACACAGAGUGAAGUGUCCAUUUUCUGGUAGUGUGGAUCAUGGCCGGGUCACCCCCGACCUGAGCGAGUAUUUGUACAGAGACUACAUCUUUGUGCGCUGCGACCAAGGAUACAAACUCGUGACGGAUGGUAAGGAGAUUGACGGUUUCUCUACCAUGUGUCAAAACAACGGACAGUGGCACCUUCCUCUCCCAGAAUGCCACAUUAUUGAUUGUGGAGAACCUGAAGCUCUGCUGAAUGGAGGGGUGAACUUCCUGUCUGGAUCUCAGAAUCAGUACCUUUCUGUUGUUCAGUAUCACUGUCAUGAACCAUUUUACUCUCUCCUUGGAGGCAUGAAUGUGGUCUUCACCUGUGAGGCCGACAGAAGUUGGAGAUCCAACAGCGAUAUCGUUGUCAGUCCAGCAUGCAUACCAGUCUGUGGCCAGCCCACAAAGCUCAUCGCUGGCUUUCAGAGGAUUAUUGGAGGCGCUGAAGCUCCAGCCGAUACCAUCCCUUGGCAGGUGCUCUUGAGGAGUGGAGGAAGAGGAGGAGGCAUGGUGAUUGCAGACCGCUGGAUCAUGACAGCAGCUCAUAACCUAAUGUCUAAUGGAAAGCCAGUAACAAACGACGCUGUACAG